CCUCAGCGAUGCGAUAUAUCCGCUUUCUUUCUCCGCCAUUUUAUGUCUCUUUUCUAUUGUUCAUAAUUGAAGUUAGCAGGGGCGGCGGAGCGAUUUACUGCGCAUUAAAACAUUUUUGGAUAUUGCUCAGUGGACAUCAGCAAAAUAGGAUAAAGGCGCAAGAAUCCAAGGUCAUCAUAGAAUACGACACACGUGGAUUUUUCUCUCAGGGUUCGAUCUCUCACUCGGUCGGAAAAUAUGAUGGACGACGAAACACCCAAGACCCUGUAUGUAUGAAUAGCGGCACGAUAACAGUAUUAGCUAGCCGACUGACCAUUUAUUUCAAGUAUCAUGUGGCAGUGCAUGUAUCGGUCUUAUGUGUCAAUUGCAUUUUCAUAAUAUGUGGUUCAUAAUAAUCAUGUCAGUCAUUUCUCUACCCUCCUGUUUAUUAGCUAGCUGGUUGUGAGCCAGCCAACUGGGUUUAUGAUGAAAAUGCACUGGCUAAUAGGCGAGCUAACUAACAACAUGUCAGACGUGUCCAUUUUUUAGACAAAGGCAUUGUAGCCAGCUAUGCUGUAGAAGAGAACAUUGUUGCGACUUGCAUAAUUGUGUCGAAAGCCACCUUUUAGAUCUCAACAUUUAGAGAUAUUGUGAUGUUCUUAUUCGCCUAUGGGAGUUAACUGUGAAUAAUUGUGAAUAUUUUGGUAAUAAUAUCAUAUUUGAUGAAGACUAGCUAGUUAGCCUGCUAAUCAUGCUAUCUUGCUUACUAACUCUUGUCGGCAGCAUGUCGGGCCUCUAAAUUAGCUUCAGCAUCAUGCUGAACAAUGCUGUUGUCGUCAGCCCGACACCUUUCUACACCGGUGUCGAUACAGUAUUAGAGAAAUCAUAACCUACCUGCUAACGUUGGCUAGCUAGCUAUACCUACACUGGUCGGCAUACAUCAAUGACCAAUAAUCGUCGGACAUCAAUGUGUUAUCUGUUGAUGUUGGCUAGCUAGCUACCAUACCUCUACAAAUCUGAGAUUCAGGUUGGGUUUGUCAGCUAGCUAACAUGAGUGUGUUGGGUUGGAACUACGACACUGGCCAUGUAUGAAAAUGCACAUAUGGAAAUUGUUGAAUGUGAAAGCGCGGCCUAGUCCUGUCGAUACCAAGUUUCAGAUUCUGGGGCCUAGGCGCCUAGCUUUAGGAAAUUCUAACCGUGAAUGUUAACUUACUCUAUACAUUUGUGUUAGUUCUUGCAGCAGACACAAACUGUGACACUAACAGAAUCUGUCGUGAAAAUGUUGCAAAUAUUAUGUUCGGUAGCUGUAAAAGCCAGGUGUCUACUUUCCAAACAAAGCUGGCUAACGUUAUUUGACUGGUUUUGAAUGGCACUGCCCUCUGCUAUGUUAUGGUUUUAGUUUAACCUCAGUUGUCUUCUUCAUGUGGCCACUGUGGUUAUACGGUGCCUUGCUUGGGCUGGUAUCCAUUUUAAGAUGUGAAAUCCCAAUAUCCUAAUUGUUAGCUGUGAGGGAGAAUACACUGAGUUAAAGGGACAGUUCAUCCCAAAAUAAGAAACAAUUCCAGAUGGUUUCAUACAGCUGUACAUUGUAGAUGGUGAACUAUACCUUUUUUUAAAAUCUUCACAACCACACUUCCUUGUCUGUCAGCUAAGUGGAGCAUUUGUGUGUCUUGUAUUUGCUGAGCCCAGGGUGUCCAUGCUGAUGUGUUGUCAAUGUGCUGCAGGUAUGUGGGGAACCUGUCCCGGGAUGUGACCGAAGCCCUCAUCAUGCAGCUGUUCGGCCAGAUCGGCCCCUGCAAGAGCUGUAAAAUGAUAGUAGAUGUGAGUCUAUAUCAACCUGCCUAUUGGCUAGUAGGGAACCUUCUCCAAUCAGAUUCCCCUUUGAUUCAAGUCAGAAUUACUUACCACUGUGCCAUGUUCAGUCAGAACAAAUGGGAGAGAAGAUUUUGAAAGGAAAAACAAAAAGAGCAUUAUGAUUAGACUUGGAGCUCAGCAUUAUGGACUAAAAUCCAUAUUGCCAUAAAUUGCCUGAAUUGUGGGGAUAACAAUGAAUAGGAUACGUUUAUAAUAUUAAUGUGAACCACAAUUUUUGUAAAUGAUAAAUUUAUACUACUAGUUUGAUCGUUGUAGGCAUCAAUUGUCCCAUUAACAAUCACCCAUAUUAGCAAAUGUAUUUCAUUUCAAACUUCACAUUUCUCUAGUAUAGGCUAUUUAUCUUAAUGAACAAUAUCAGCAAAAUGCCUGCGAUAAGUGAUUGGUAUGGUCGGUGUCGAUAAUUUUCGGUUUAACAUCACAGCUCUAAUUGGGCUCGUUGAAAACAAAAACAUCUCUACUUUUGUGCAUACUGAACGCAGACCAUGACUAAGGGCCUAUUCAGUGGUCUGCAACACAUUGCAAAUGGGAAUUUUAUGUAUAAAGCCUAUAGAAAAACAAAGAUGACCACACAAUUCCCUGUUCUACAUGACAGAGGGAUAUCUGUCCUACACACUACUGCUUUAUCUGGCACUCACUGAAAGAGACCCAGGACUGACUAGCCAAAUAGGACAGAACAGCUUUGACCAAUAAUAGCCAGGUGCCGGUUUAAGAACACAUUGUACUGUACUGUUGGGAGACUUUCCUCUGGGUUUGAUUAACAUUGAGAUCCUGAGUCUGUCAAGCUAAAUAGAGGGAAAAUUGUUUGGCUAAUCUGUAAAUGAUGAUGAAUGAUAAUGGAUUUUAUUUAUAUAGGCUAGCUGGGGCUUAACAUGCUUUACAUUGUAAGGAGACUCAACUUGGCCUAUAUUUUACAAUGGUAGGAUGAAACGGUGGGAAGGUCUGGUGUUAAAGUUCCUGUCCCCUAUUCCCCUCCAGACGGCAGGUAAUGACCCAUACUGCUUUGUGGAGUUCUACGAACACAGGCACGCUGCCUCGUCACUCGCAGCCAUGAACGGUCGUAAAAUAAUGGGUAAGGUAAGCUAUCGUAUCUACAGGGUGAGUCUGGUUGGGUCGGCUUGGGCUGGGGAGGGAGGGAAGGAGGAGAGGGUUGGCCAAAGAAGAAGAGGAGGAAGGAAUUGAAGCAGAGUUGUAAUCAAAUCAACCCCUAGACCUUAUCCCUAGACACUUGACUUGAUGUAGGUCUGGAAAGGACAGAUGGGUGAAAGCAAUAUGGCGGCCCAAUGAGGAGUGGGUAGGGGCUUGGGGUUGAUUUGGGACUGAGUGUCAUUGACUGGGUAUCGCACUGAAUCGUGUUAUCAGUUUAACUUUAACAGUUUACAUUAAACAUCAGGAAGUAUGACAUGCAUGGAAAGAGUUUCCUCAUUGAUCAAUAAUACCACAACACCAGAAACAUCAAAAAUGUUUUAUACUUAAGUAGGCUACAUUUGAAUGGUCUGGCAGCAUUCCUUACAACGGUAGGCUACUUUGUUCUUCACCCCAAAAUCUGUCUCCAUCCCUCAAGUGUCUAAAGAUAAGACUACAUAUUCCACACAUAUGAUGUGUAGAUGCCAUUCUAUAUAAAUUAGGAACAAUCUGCAGGCCUCAAUCUCUAAUUAAUGGGGAAGUUUGACACUGUGUAAUUUGACUGAAUUAGAUGGUGCCAAUCUUUCCCAUUCAUUUGGGUUUGAAGCCUGCAGAUGUCGCAAUGUAAGUUAAACAUCUGGUUCCUUUGACCUGGGGGGAGAUACUUAAUGAAGGAGCGUGGAAGACGGAUUGCACUUGAAUUCAAACACUUUGAAACUCCUGUUGAUAAGAUGUUUUUUUUUUUUUGCUAGCUACUGAUUUGGGAUUCUGUGCUAUCACCUGACCCUGGCCAUCCCAGAUUGGUUGUAGCUAGUAGGCCUACUACUCUACAUACUACUUAAUCCUACUGGUAGAAACCGUGUCUGGAUGUCACCCAUGUACAGUUUCAUGCUCAGAAGAGAAGACUUGGCAUAGCCAAUUAAUAUUGGCAGCAUGUCCAAUGACUUUAAACCUGGUUGGGUUGUGUAAUCUUUCUAAGUAGUGUCCCGAAUUGACCGGUUUCAAAUAACACUUCUAUACUUCUACCCUACCCCCAUUUAUUAUUCUGUACAAUGUGUUCUUUUGCAAAAACCCUUUGCAUAAAGAAUCCAAAUAAUAACAAUACUAUUUAUAUCUCUAAAGACACAUUCAGUUGAAAAUAUUUUAUCCUCAACAGGUAUUGAAGGACCAUUUGAGGAGUAAUACAAGUUCGUAAAAUUCACUUGUUUGUAAGUCCCUUGUUAUUUGGACCUUUUUACUUCCUAGACGUUUUGUUCCAAAUUUGAUUGAUUAGACGGUGAGACUGAAUUGUGACGUAGUCUGAGUGUGACCAGGCUUUCCCUCUAUCACUGGUGUGACUACAACAAGCCCUCUAAUAGGCUGACAGACGCGUGCUGUACAAGUAAGGCUUGCUUUUCACCCCUCUUUCCAUCCCCCUCUAUCUUUUUCUCUCUUUCCAUCUCUUUCUCUUCUUUAGGAGGUCAAGGUGAACUGGGCAACAACCCCUAGCAGCCAGAAGAAAGACACAAGCAGUGAGUACUAUCUCCAUUAAUACUUUGACAUGCACCAUACCUAACUGUGUUAAAGGAGUAGUGCCUAUAUAAAGCAUGGAAACUUAAGAAUUAAUCAAAUGUGGCUAGACUUUGUAUGGUGCAUUUAGAGCACACUUGUGUUAUCCAAGAUUAUUCCAAGAAUUGUUAGCAUUGGUGCCUAAAUGAGUUGACCUUUUGUAAUCUUCAAAAAUGUAUUAUUAUACAUAUGAUUCUGUCUGUGUUCAGAUCACUUCCACGUUUUCGUUGGAGACCUCAGUCCUGAAAUCACCACGGAUGACAUCAAAGCUGCUUUCGCCCCCUUUGGGAGGAUAUCGUGAGUGUUCUCUGUUUCUCCCUACCCCAGUUAUCUCGGUUAUGCUUAUUCAAAACACUACAAAGAUCUGUUCCUUCAAUCGUGAAUGUAUUGAUUGAACAUGAGAACAAGCUGUACUCGUAGCAUUCAUCUGUAAAAUAUGUUCUCUACAGGUCUUUUUGGAGUAUGUCUCUCAACAAGUAGCUAAUUAAAUACUAUUCACAGCACUUCUUAGAAUCAUACUUAUCAUCCAGUGCUUUACAGCAACGUGGGGCCGACACCUCCCUGGACAGCAACCCAGUGAGACGGUGGCAAGGAAAAGCUUCCUAGAAACACAGUGGCCAGAGACCAUAACUUCCUAUUGUCUUGCUAACAGUAGUCUGUCUGUCCACAGUGAUGCUCGGGUGGUGAAAGACAUGGCUACUGGCAAAUCUAAAGGCUAUGGCUUUGUGUCCUUCUUCAACAAAUGGGUGAGUGCCCGCCCCUCCCAACCUCAGCUUACUGUGCAGCAUCUUGAGUUUGUGGUUUACAUGAAAUCAUUAGCAUCAGAGCAAAGUGUGAGCCUCCAUUUCUUCUUUGUGUCCCCCCUCAGACAACACCCAUCAAUGUUUAGCCAAGCAAAUACCACCCUGUAGUUCAGUAGCUACUUUGAACUAUAGAGUUUACAUGGGUGAAGACAAGAUUUAGAUUCUAGGUUAUACCAUUAUUACUACCACUAUGCAUUAUAAAUGGUAUGCUUUUGUGUGUAGGAUGCAGAGAAUGCCAUCCAACAGAUGGGAGGUCAGUGGUUGGGAGGACGGCAGAUCAGGACGAACUGGGCCACCAGGAAGCCCCCUGCGCCCAAAGCCACCUACGAGAGUGAGUUAGACACACACACCACUCCAAAGAAUGACUCGCACACACCUGCUGGCAUUCAAAUGAUAUUUUUUUUUGCCAUCUAUUUUCCCAUUCAUGUUUUAAAUCAACCUUCUGUUCUUCUCCACUGUGGAGUAGCAAACACCAAGCACCUGUCAUUUGAAGAGGUUGUGAACCAGUCCAGCCCCAGCAACUGUACCGUCUACUGUGGAGGAGUCACAACAGGACUCACAGGUCAGAACCUCAAGACAAUCUGUACUGUGUAAUAUGGAAGUCAUGACAUGACUUGCAGGUUAUUUAGAGGGAAUAUGUGAUGUCAUUGGUGACCCAUUCCUUACUCAUGUACCUUGUUGUUUCCAGAGCAACUGAUGAGGCAGACCUUCACGCCCUUCGGCCAGAUCAUGGAGAUCAGAGUUUUCCCAGACAAAGGCUACUCAUUUGUGAGGUAAGUCCAUGCACAUCGUCUACAGAAUACACUGGUACAGAAGCCCUUAUUCCCACAGAGUAACCCAGAAUCACAGCAAAACCUGGUCAUCUCCAGUUGAAAACACUGAACUUUUGACUGCUUGACCAGGUGUCUGCAUCUCUAGUUCGAUGGGAAGAGCCCUGAUGGUGACCUUGAAGUUGAUUAGGAGAUUUUCCUCUCACCUGUGUCUCACCCUGGUCUAGGUUCAACUCCCACGAGGGAGCGGCCCACGCCAUAGUGUCAGUGAAUGGAACGUCCAUAGAUGGUCACGUGGUGAAGUGUUACUGGGGGAAAGAGACCACAGACAUGGUCAGCCCCAUGCAGCAGGUACAGAUGCCUCAGGUAAGACCGCAGGUAACAGCACUUCCUUUCUCAUACAACAUCCUUUUUACUGUCUUUGUUAUUACAUAUCUGUGUAUUACAUAUUUAUGUUAUUACAUAUCUACAUGCUCAGCUUUAGAGGGCUUGCGGUAGCAGUUGCCCAUAAGCACAGAGCAAAGUGGGAUAGCUAAGGGAAACAGAAAAACAUAGUUGACCCAUUUUGAUCCAUUAGUUGAUCCAUGACAUAGUUUGAACCCUAAGUGUUGUCUCCACAGCAGAACAAAAUCGGGUUUGCAGCGCAGCCCUACGGCCAGUAUGCCCAGUGGUACGGUAACGCCCAGCAGAUUGGCCAGUACGUCCCAAACGGGUGGCAGGUGCCCACCUACGGCGUCUACGGACAGGCCUGGAACCAGCAGGGAUUCAAGUGAGUACUCAUCGACUCCUAGAGGGAAGUUAACAAGGCCCGAGUGGCGCAGUGGUCUAAGGCACUGCAUCGCAGUGCUAGCUGUGCCGCUAGAGGUCCUGGUUCGAAUCCAGGCUCUGUCGUAGCCGGCCGCGACUGGGAGAACCAUGGGGCGGCGCACAAUUGGCCCAGCGUCGUCCAGGGUAUGGGAGGGAAUGGCCGGCAGGGAUGUAGCUCAGUUGGUAGAGCAUGACAUUUGCAACGCCAGGGUUGUGGGUUCGAUUCCCACGGGGGGCCAGUAUGAAAAAAUAUAUUUAAAAAAAUAAUAAUAAUGUAUGCAUUCACUACCUGUAAGUCGCUCUGGAUAAGAGCAUCUGCUAAAUGACUAAAAUGUAAAUGUAAAAUGAGGAGACUUGUAUAACAUUAGUGGCCCUUGAAGAUCAGUCUUGCUUCUUGUUCAUGUCGUUGCACUCACUCAUUACCUUUACCCUCCUGCCCUUUAACCAUCACCCAUUUUGGGGUUACACCUUUUCUCUCCCCAUCCUUCACCUAUCCUCUAACCUCCAUGCUGUCUCUCUAUGUGUAGUCAUUUACAGGCGGGUGCAGGGUGGACGGGCGUGGGAGCAGUCAGUAACGGAGGCGUGGUGGAGCCUGGACAGGGAGUCAACGGGACUGUGCUGGCCAACCAGUCCGGCAUGGGCACCGCUGGCUACCACACCCACUGAUCAGCGCUGGCCCGGCGGCCCAGCAUCGGCCUCCUACCCUCCACAACAGGGAUCCUAUAAAGGGGGUGGGGGGGGGGACCAUCAUGUGCCCCGUCUUUUACAACAUGAUUAAGAACUCUAUGGCGGGGAGGGGGGGUUCCCCUGUC